GAAGUGAUGCGGUGGAGGCAGAGCCGCUCGGCGCCGCGGAGCAUUCUAUGUGAAGUCCAGGGAGCCUAAAGGAAGCUGUGAAGCUAGUGGAAUGAUUCCCUGUGUAGCUGAAACUAUGUUAGCUGAGUGCUGCUAAUGGCAUGGUGAGAUGUGUUGAAGAGCGGCUGCAAGGGUGUCCAAGGGCAGGGGGACUGUGCUAGGAGCUGGGCUUGCAACAUCAUGGGCCAGUGUGUCACCAAGUGCAAGAAUCCUUCUUCUACCCUUGGCAGCAAAAAUGGGGAAAGAGAAUCUGGCAGCAAAUCCCACAGCAAGAGAAGUGCAGUCCACAAAGACGACCAUGGCUCAGCUUGCGGGAAGGCUUCAGGAGACAUUCUUGUGAAUGGGACAAAGAAAACAGACGCUGCUAUAGAGUCCAGUCAGCCACCAACGUUUUCUGGAGAUACAAAGAAAGACUCUGUUUGCAAUGCAGAGGAAUCUUCUCUUCAGAGGAUUGGGGAGUUAUUCAGGAGAUACAAGGACGAGCGGGAAGAUGCCAUACUGGAAGAAGGAAUGGAACGAUUUUGCAAUGACCUCUGUGUUGAUCCCACUGAAUUUAAAGUACUAGUUUUGGCUUGGAAAUUCCAGGCUGCUACCAUGUGCAAAUUUACAAGGAAGGAGUUUUUUGAAGGCUGCAAAGCAAUAAAUGCAGACAGCAUUGAUGGCAUUUGUGCAAGGUUCCCCAGCCUCCUAAACGAAGCCAAGCAGGAGGAUAAAUUCAAGGAUCUCUAUCGUUUCACCUUCCAGUUUGGCCUGGACUCUGAAGAAGGACAGAGAUCGCUACAUCGGGAAAUAGCCAUUGCCCUUUGGAAAUUAGUCUUCACCCAAAACAAGCCCCCUAUUUUGGACCAAUGGUUACACUUCCUAAUCAAGAACCCCUCAGGAAUCAAGGGAAUCUCCCGGGACACGUGGAACAUGUUUCUAAAUUUUACUCAGGUGAUUGGACCAGACCUUAGCAACUACAGCGAGGACGAGGCGUGGCCGAGUCUCUUCGAUACCUUUGUGGAGUGGGAAAUGGAGCGAAGGAAAAAGGAAGAGGAAACCAAAUGUAUUCUGUCUUCAGACACAGAGGGCCUGUGUGUGGAUGAACAGACUUAGCGGUGGCGAAGCAGCAGUGACAAAAGCAACUUGUUGCCCUUCACGAAAUGUAAACUCUGGAUGUUUCUGGAAAUUACCGAGGCUCCAGAUUUUUCUACUUUACACCUUUUUCUGCCUUGUCUUUGAAAGGGCUCUAGAAUGCUGUAUCAUGUUUUAGGCACUUUCUUAAUUUUGGUUAUUCCUUUUACUCUCGCCCUGAAAUAUUUGACCCUGGCUACAAGUUAAGCUUUUUUUUUUUUUUUUUUUUUUUAAGACUUCAGAUUAGUAUAAAUAAGUCUGAUACUUCUUGCACAAUGUAGUUCUUUUUAGUUAGGUUAAAUUAACAUUGCUAAAUUAUACAGUGCCAGAUUAAGUUUUUCAUACUACAUCUGUCAGGGCAGGUCUGUACUGUGUGUAGUGCUGUUUACAUUGUUGAAAUUUUAGGCUGUAAUAAUUCUAAGGUUUUAUACCAAGAUGAACAGCAGUGUUAACUAUGAAUGCAUUAAUCCUGGGUAAUAAGGCUCUAAAAACCAACGUAAGCAACAGCUUUUUGUAAUAUGGCUAAUUCCCAUUUUGAGCUGACUCCUAGUGAAUGAGUCCAGAUCAUUCCUUUUUUUGGAUUUUCAAACUAAAUGUUGGGAUCGUUUUAUAAAAUUACUGUACCUGUCAGUCAACUGAGUGGUAGAUGACAAUUUGUAUCUAAAUCUCUUUACACAUUUGCAUAAUAAAAGAGCAGUACUACCUCAGUUUUAUUGAAAGUGGGCUUGUUGAUGGACUUCCAUUUUCUCUGGAAGUUGUAUUUUUGUGGUACCUGAGAAUAUUUUUACUUGACUAAAAGAACCAAAGGUUCUGCUUCUUAAGUUUGCUAAACAUUGACAGAAGCAACACAUAAAUCCUAAGUCUUCAAGGAAAACUGUGGUAUAAUUCUGCUUUAAUUUGUUUGAUUUAUACCUAAAGUAUUACCUUACUUGUCUGGCAAGCACAGUACUUCUAUGUAGGGAGCUAUCUUUUGCAUUAAUAUUGACAAACCAAUUUUUUAACCCAUAUGUUUAAUUGCUAAAUUGCAGUUAAUACUCCACACUUUCUGGAGCAACAAUAUCGGCAUCUGAUGACAAAGUGAAUUCUUAAUGUGUUCUUAAUGACAGCAGUGUAGAUGAGUCAUUUUUAGACUGAUUUGAUAAUACUUGGAUAGGAAACAAUUUAUUAUUUUACAAUGCCUGUAUUGGGACUAUUUGCCUGUUGAAAUUGUUGUGACUUAAAGGGAGUUUUAUUAACACUGGUUGAAACUUUUUGGGUUAUUGAUGCUACCUUUUUUAAUUUUAGUAUGUCAACUUUUUUACACUUUUUGGUAAAAGGAUUGAUUGCCAAGGCAUAGCCAAGUGCUGGCUUAUUGAAUUUGAUAUACUUCUGUUACACACCUUUUUUUUUUUUUCAGAGCUGUAUUUCAGGAUCAUAAACCAACUUCAGCUGAAAAAAAAACAAAACAAAAAAAGCCUGGACAGUCAUCCAUAGCAUCUAACAGUUUUUGUGAUGUCAGGGUUUUAAAGCUAAAGGGAAACAGGUUUUAAGUGGUGAGCUUGUCACCAGGUCCAGGGUGUCAUGCUUUGCACAUCUGCUGUGCCCUCACAGGGGUUAGCAGAGAGAGGAGUAGGAUUUGCCCAAAUUCUGGGACUGGCUUUGCUGCUGUGCAGCCCUGCAAUAGCUUGGCUUGGAGGUCAUAAAUCACUAACAAAAUGUGGGUAAUGCAAACUGUUUAUAAACAAACCCAGAAGCCACAGAUAGCAUCUCUUUCAUCUAAUAAAAGGAGAGUCUGGUCCAUGCUGAUCUUGCUGGGAGACAGGCUGUGGAAAACAAACGUGGUUGUUUUAGAUGCAGCUGAAUUUGACCCUUUGCAGGAGUGCCCUGAAGUUGAUGUUUUAUCGGUAAAUACAUCCAAAGCUUUGUUCUUGCUUCUCUAACUUUGUGUGGCAUGUAGGUGUUUGGCAGCAAAAUCUUAUUCUGAUUUGAUGAGCAAAGCAGGCCAAAGCACUCAUGCUGGAGUAGUUGAAUUUAUGGUGAGACUUUUGCUGGUGCUGUUAUUUUUAAAAGACUAAAAUAAAUUCUCCAACAGAGGCUGCUUUGUUAGGAAAAGUUCCAAAUGGAGGUUAAUUUGACAGUAAAUGAAGACUGUAUUUGUAAGUUUGAGGCUUUUCAUUAAUUCAGCUAUUAAAUGCUUUGUUCAUCACUUCUUUUUUUUUUCCCCUAAAGGAAAUCUAAAAUGUCUGGAGUGUAAAUGUACUAUUCAAAUACGUAGCCAGUGCAUGCAUGCACACCAGCUCAUGGCAGCUUCUGAUUUACACCCUAGCAUGCAGCAGCUCCAAAGGUUGAGGGAUAGAGCUCUUUAAGGAAGGUGUUAAUCUUGUGGUUGGAAUGUGGACAGCAGUGAGGAAAUCAAUCUGUAGUGCAUCAGAUUGCUAUUUUAAUGUAUCAGAUGUAAUACAGCUUCUUUUAAAGGUGGAGGUGAACACACAGGAGGUGGUUUCCUGUUGGGGAAAGGACACAGCAUUACCAGUGGCUGAGGUCCCACAUGUUCAGUGUAGGGGACAGCCCUGCUGUUGUUCUGCUGCUUCCAGCAAGGCAGGAGCAGCUCCACCCACUGGGCAGGGUACUUGCCAAAAUAGCCAAAUGAUCUAUCUGGCGAAGUAUCACUUAUCUUUAGCCUAAUUUCAGUCCUUUAAUUGCCAUUUACAGAAUGCAAGCAGAACAGACCUGUGUCAGUUCUAAACUCCUGAAGCAGGAGCUGAAGGUGCAGCUCUUUGACAGUGCUGGCAGUGAGUGGGGCUGUCAGACCUUCUCUUGGAUUGCCUGGUGAUUUUGUGAUCCCAAACGAGACUGCCUGGACUCUGUAAUGCUCGGGUGAGGGAGCAGGGUCUGUGUGUGUCUCUGAGAAGUCUUUAGUAAUAUUGGAACCUCUGAAAAUAUGCUUGUUUAAUGGUUAAACUGUGAAUAUCUGUGGAACAGGCCAAAUACAUUCACUCUUCAUUUUUAUAUAAUUUAAUUCUUCAUUGUGUAGGGCACAGGACUGUAAGUGAGCAAUGAUGCUGAUGAAAUCCUUGAAACCAUUGCAACUGUUAAUUUUAUUUUUUUUUAAAAUUAGAUUACGUGUUAGGAAACCUUAUGCAUGUAAUGAAUCUGCUGCAAUUUGGGAUAAAUAACUACAGAUAACUAUAUAGAUAGUUGGAGUAAUAUAAUGGGAAACUGGUCUGACACCCACAUCUGUGGCAUUUUACUGCCUUCUCUUAUAUGCAAAGAAAUAAAAUCCCUGUAAACUUUAGCCCCUAGUAAUAAAACACUGACCACUUAUACUGUAUUAUAGUUUGCAACACCUUUAAAAUUUGACUUCCAGAUCAACUGGAGGCUUAAUCGUGCUAAUUUUUACUUGCAUGGGUGCAUUUCUGAGGUCAAAGGCUAUCUAUUGAUUGAAGUAAGGAUUUGAAAGAUCCUGCCUGUAGCUGGCCAUGAAACAUGACUGGAGGCAAUGAGUUGGAAUUGAACACCAAAUUGUGAGUUUAUUUGCUGCUGGUGCUAUUCUACAUGGAAAAUUACAGCUUUUUAGUAGUGUGCAAUCCUAGUGAAAGAAGCACAGGAACAGGACCAUGGGUCUGGCAGGUGGCACAGAAGGAGCUGCAGCAGCUGGGACAGUGAGAGCUGCUCCCCCGGGCUGGCCUGGCAGAUCUCCUAGGUCAGCUUUGAACCAGGACAGUUUUCAGCCAAGUGCAGUUCAGAGUUCAGGCUGAAAUGAACUCAGGCUGCUCUGAGGACAGUGGUUCAGGUUGGUGGCAGAAGGUGCAGCCCCCUUCUGUGGACAGUGCUGGGGGACAGUAGCAGCUUUACUGGGUGACUUUUAUUUCACACUCAGUGUGUCUAUCAGAGCCUGAAGAAACCAUGGGUCCAGGACUAGCCUGUCACCCAUGGUUCUCAGGCCUAUGCACUUACCAGUGACCUUAGACUUUUUGUGAUACUGUCAACAUAAGUCUUGUUUCCAAAAAAAGCCCGACAAAGUUAAGGAAACACCAUGUAGUUAAUAGCCACCUCAGUUAUGGUAUUGUUUGGUGGCUGAGGUUACAUCAUUCCCAUUCUUUGUUAAAUAAUAGUCAUUGUGAGUUUCUGGGUCUUGCAGCCUUGUGUUCUGCAGUGUGAUCCUGUAUUAGAAGGUCCUCAGUAAAUUGCACAUCCAGUUCUUCCCUUGAGCCCACUCUGCUCAAAGUGUGUGCGUGUGAAUUUAGCCUUUCAUAUUAAAAAGGAAGAUGCUUAACCUGAAACUCAAAAUUCUUCAGGGUAGUGCUUCAAUAUGCAGAAAAACAUAUUUUUAAAAAUAAGUAUUAAAGCAAAGUGUCUGCUUAAAUUUUGUUGUGUGCAAACAAACCCACCAGUGUUAACAUUUUCUCUCUGGACUCUUGAAGAUCGAACCUUUGGUUUUAUAGUGUGAACUGAAGUGAAAUUCAUGAGAUUGUAAGACAGAAAGAAUCUGUAUCUCCUUCACCAUGAAGUAUGUAGGUAUCUCUACCUCUUGUUCUUAGACUUGAAUAGUUUAAGGCUACCAUCCUUUUGUGCCAGGAUUUUAUGCCUGGAUGAGUAAUCUAUUUUUUUUUAAUUGACCCUAGUUAAGUAUUAUCUAUUUGCCAUAGUUUUUGGUAUCCUGUGUUUAACCUGUAUGCAAAGGACCCUUUGGAAGGGGGCCGGGUCAAGCUGCAAACCAGAGUUGGUCCUCCUGGGUGCUACUUUUGGAGUGCAAUAGAGCGAGUGAGCAGAGCUACGUGGCCUGUGGCUCAGGGGCUUCUGUCACCACACAUCCUCUUCCCUGGUCAGGCUGCCUGUACUGACAGUGAAUUGAAGAUGGAGCAGCUGCUCCCCAAGAGGAAGCCAUCAGCCUUUUCAUUUGCCCUUGAAAAGCUUUAGGAACCCACCUGGUGCAGUGCCGUGAGUGUAUUUUUAUUUAAUCGAAAAUACUGUGUUUUGUUCCAUGUUGGACUGGUCUUGUAACCACCCAGCAAAGAUGGGAGCUGCCAAAGUGCAAAGGCAUCCUUUUUUUAAUCCCUGAGGUCAGAAUCCUGCUCAAUAAACCCCUUGAACUUGAGUAAAGCUGGAGUGUUGGCAAGAGAACUGGAGAUGCCAGAGUGGCUUUGGUGCUUAGCUGUGUUCAUUAAUGCAUUGGGGGGUGUUGUUCUCCAUGCAGCACAUGUGUCCUUCCUUUCCCCCCACAAAGCAAACUGCAACACAGUUGCUGUCACUGCAAAUCCCCCAUAGUUUGAUGCUGUAGCAACUGCUGCUGCAAGAUCCUUCCAGUGUGAGAGCUGGUUUUGACUGUGAUCUCUUGCACUAUCAGGCUGGGCACGUAUUUCAUGAGAGCAGGGGGACUUGAGACAAUAGGUAAAAGUGGCAUGUAUGUUCUUGUUCUAACAGCUUGCCUUAAAUCACUGACAUUGCAGCGGUUCCUUGCUACUAUUGCAAUCCUCAGUCUUUGAAAAUCCUACUGGUUCUGUAGGUAAUACUGGUUUUUGUUUAAUUUUUAAUAAGUUUCUAUCUUUGCUUAAUUGCACUCUUCAGUUAAGCCCUUUUUGGAUAACUUGUCAUUUCACACACAGGAAAAAAAGUCCAUCUCCAGUGUUUGUGCUGUAAAGUGUUUCUUUUUUCCCCUGUAAAUUAUAUCUGGACUAAAGGUUGCCUACUGUUGAAGCAGUGUGUUUACUUGAAUGUUGCCAUUUUAUGCAGUUACAGCUGCUGACUCUGGCUCUUCUCUGGGCCUGUGAGAGUGGAGAUUGUGUGGCCAGAGGUGGCAAAGCUGCCCAGAGGAUCGGUGAGCUGAAGGCUGGCUGCUGCUCCCAUGUAUGUUACACGUUAGAGGAUUUCACAGAGUAGUGCUCUGUAUUUGGAAGUUGUGACUGUUUAAGUCAUGCCAAACAGUUAUUUGAAAAUACAUUUGCUUUCUUAUCUGUAAGUUUGAAAUAGUCUUUUAAAAAGAGAUGGGCUGGCUGGAGGGUUGGAGUGCCUCAUGCUGUAAGUUGUUGAGUAACUCAAGUUCCAGGAACCAUAGAUUGGGACUGGUAGGAUUCUGUCCUGAGCCAGCACUGUUGGGGUUUGCACUGGCUGGUCUUGAGGGCAUGAAGCAACCACAAGGCCUUGAUGGGCUGUGGAGAAAGGUCAGCCUGGGAGCACUGGCUGGUGCAGCCUCAUUUCUUUCUUGUGGAUUUUGAGUUCAGCCUCAAGUCCCUCUCUGUGGAAGGAAUGCAUUUUGGUAGUAUUUGCUCCUAGAGAAGUAACUCAGUGUAACUAAGGAGGUAACGGGAGCACGGCUUUGUGUGGCUGUCACUGUGCCUCCUAUGAGCACAGCUCCCUGAUCCCUGAGGGGCCUCUCAGCUCCUCAGUAAACCAGCAAGGGUGGGCAGGGUCACAUCUGCUGUUCUUUGUGCCCGGGGGUGUUUUGCCUUUUCAGACUUACCCAGGAGAUAACCCUGUAUGAGCCAGUUUUCUCACUCUGGGAAAUGAUGAAUGUGUUGCAUGUCGUGGAGCAGCUCUGUGGUUCCUCUUUGGGACAGCAGUAUCAGAAGUGCUGUGUAAAUGUAAUGCUUGAAAACAGCUGGAAUAAAUUCUGUUUCAUGUAGGAUCUUUAUUUCAAGGGGAUGCAACCGAAUUUGAAACCUGAUCUAGAGGAAAAUUGGUAGAAUUUCAGGACAAUAUCUACUGAAUCCCAAUCUACUGAAUUGGUUUGUAGUUUUACAAAUCAUGUGAAAUUUCUUUUACAUCAAAUUUUCUCACCAUUGGUGUCUGGAACAGAAUGGAAACAGCAUCUUUUGGAAUGUGCAAUCUAAGGCACAAUGCAAGUAAGGUGUGAUAAGAAGGUUGUCUUUUCUUGAUAGCAAUCCUGAGUGCAAUGUUUUUGUUGUGUCCCUUUUGAAAGAAGAGCAUUAAAUACAGUCUGAGAUUUCUUUUCCUACAGGCAAAGCAUUGGUUUGUCCAUUACUGACUUCUUGUGAAAUUUGUGCCAGAUGUAUAUUAAAUAUUUUGGUGCUUUUUCUAAUCCAAGCUGCCAUUCAUUUACCUGUGAGAUUAUUGUACUUCUGUAUAUUUAAAUGACCAACCCCUUAAAGAAAAAACAAAACAAAAAAAAUUCCUCUAGUCACAAUGUAUCCUGACUACUGUAGCUUGUAAAUGUUCCAAAGCUUCUGGGUUUCCUGUAUUCCAGUAAGGUCUGAGGGGAGGGGAACAGCUACAGAAAUCUCACCCACUGGAAAGGGAACUCGCACGCUGUUCUGUGCAUUACUGAACAAAUGAGUAACAUUUGUGGUGUUUACAUAACGACACGUUGGUGUUCACUUUUUUGUGCUCAAGCUUUGUACGAAAUGUCUUAUUUA